GACACUUCGAACACUUCCGGGUCAAAGGUCACGUCUUUUUAAAAAUACAGUGAUCAUUCCGCUAUCGGUGGUUUGACUCCUGUUCUUGUUUGUAUGUUUCUGUUUAACUGCAACGACCAUGAUAAGGUCAGUAAUGCUAAACAGAUUAACCCCUCAUAUGCUGACAUGCAGCAGAGGAUCAUGUGUCCUCACCGGCUGGAUGUCGUCUGGCCAGUAUACUCAUUCAUCUGGUCGCAUGUCCACCCAGCAAAGCCUCCUCAGACCCCUUACACCUAAAAUCACACCCAUGGUUGGGUGCACUACCUCAACCACACAGAAGUACACUAUGAUUUACAGGCUGCCACACAUAAAGCUGCUCAGAGCUGUGUCCAGGCUCAAACUGCUCCAAACUGCAAUCACUGUGGUCAUUUUGCCACCGGUGUACAUCCUCUACUUCCAUGGAGAUGUUUCUUUCUUCUUUGUCAGCUACUCAACAGGACUUGCUCUAUUUGCAGGCGUCAUGCUGUACACUGCCAGUCACUUCUUCAGGAGAGUUGUGGGUAUGAUGUACCUGGACCCAACACAGACCACUCUCAAAGUGUCUCACCUCACUUUCUGGGGGAAGCGUAAUGAUAUCUUCCUGCCUGUGUCAGAUGUUAUGACCAUUGGGGAUGCAGGAGACUCAGUGGGGGAGACGAUUAUGAAACUGAGGAGAUACAGCAGCCCACAGACUUUUUAUUUCUCCACUUACUUUGGACGUGUGCUGGACAAAGAGGCUUUUGAGAAGGUUUUUGGAAAUCUAAAAUGAUGAAUAGUUUUUUCUGUACAAAUUAUUAUGUUGAAAAUACAACUAUAAAAAUGAUGAUGGUGUGUUUUUUUUAUGAAACCUGUUAAAGUUAAAGCUAAUUAACGUUCCCGAGAUAUGCUA